AUGACAGAGGUGAACCCUGCCGCAGCGAUUAGCAUCCGGCCGGUAUCGGCGGACGACACCAUUCAUAUUCGCCACACGAUCUUGUGGCCGAACGUCCCGAAGGACAGCAACAUCAUUCGCCUGGCAGAAGACGACAACGGUCUACACUUCGGAGCCUUCCUUUCCGACGCAGAUUCAGAACCUAUCGCCGUCAUAUCGCUGUUUCACGAAGAUCUUCCAUUGGACUCGGGAGAAGGCGCAUCGCACAAAGGCAAAACUUGGCGCGUACGGAAGUUUGCGUGUUUGAGCGAGCACCAAGGCAAGGGCGUAGGUUCGAAGCUAUUGGCCUUCGCCAUUCAGCACGCGCGCGAUAAUCUCGGUGCGGAAUGUAUAUGGUGCGACGCCCGGCUGACUGCUGCUGGGUGGUAUACGCGCCGAGGCCUUACAACUUUUGGCGAUUUGUUUCUGAAGAACGGCGCGGAGUACGUCCGGAUGAAGAUAGUGGUACAACACACCACCUUGGCUGCGGAGAUAGACUUAUACAACGAGAUCUAG